AUGGUACAGGUGACGUUUCGAGUUCCGCUUUCUCCGCAGGAACAAGAUGUGUUCAAGAAAGAGUUCAAAAAGCUGGAUCCCGAAGAUCUGGGAAUUGUCACAGGAGAGGCCGUAAAGCCAUUAUUUAGUCAAUCAGGACUCAGUGCUCAAAUUCUAUCGCAAAUUUGGGCCCUUAGCGAUAACGAUAACCAGGGUUUUCUAAAUUUCGUCCAAUUUAGCGCAGCAUUGCGGCUCAUCGGCCAUGCACAAGCAAACCCGUCUGUAGUGGUUUCUCCAGAGCUGUACCAAACACCAGCUCCCAGCUUUUCUUCUGCUGGCACAGGAUCGCCCAAUCUCGUCAACAACAGCACCGGUAUACCCGCGGUGUCUCCGUACGACGUCUCGAAAUUCUCUCAGCUUUUCGAUCGGUCCACUGACGGAGCACUAAGUUUGGCCGGUGACAAAGCUAGGGAAAUCUUUUUGAAGGCCAAAUUGCCGACCCCAACACUAGGCGUGAUUUGGAACCUAUGUGACCGAAAUGAUACCGGAACUCUGGACAAGCCAGAAUUCAUCAUGGCAAUGCAUCUUAUUCAGCUUGCAAUGGCCAACAAUCCGGCCAUAGGAUCACUCCCUGAUGUACUUCCAAAUUAUCUGUGGGACUCAAUUAAUGUACCUUCGGCUCCAAGACCCGAGGUGAGUGCCAAUUCCACUGGGUUUUCUGUUAACUCACCAGUUUCAAGGCAACCUUCGCUUAACAGAGUGUCUUCUAGCACGUUUUCAAAUGCUGCCUCGGAUUGGACUCUUUCCUCUGACAAAAAACAGCAAUUUGAUGUCAUCUUUGACUCCCUAGACAAGAAUAAAGUCGGCACCCUGGGAUCCCAUGUAUUGGUUCCGUUUUUCUUGUCCUCUAGAUUGAGCCAAGAUAUUCUAGCCACAGUAUGGGAUCUUGCUGAUAUUCAUAACAAUGCUGAAUUUUCCAAGUUGGAAUUUGCAAUUGCAAUGUUUCUCAUCCAGAAGAAGAAAAGCGGCGUCAGCUUACCAGAUGUAGUCCCUGAUCAAUUGUUACAAUCUCCCGCCUUGGGCUUGUAUACUCCACAACUCAAUCAACAUCAAUAUCCACAGGGUCCUUCGCCAUCUGUUCCAUCCAGAGAUACGAAACCAUCCUUCCAAGACGCGGCACAGCCUCCUGCGGAAAGAAGUCAAAGCGCAUUAGGCGAUCUGCUCACUUUAAAUGAGUCCUUUUCAACUCCAAGAAACCUAGGGGCACGUAUUGGUUCGGAUGCUACCGUACACUCAACCACUUCUGUUCAAUCCCCCUCUCGCUCCGAAACGGUUUCCGGGACCAGAAGGUUUCAGCCGUCUUCAUCUUUUGGCCGGGCUAUUAUACAGGAAGAGCCAUCACCAGCUACACCCAAUUUGCAGUCUGAUUUCCAGGGUCAAAAACCAUACGCUACGCCUGUUGACAAUAUCCAGAAUCAGGCUUCACAACAGCCACCUGCGCAGUUGAAUCAACAAAACGUUUAUCAAAACCAGCACUAUCAAGCUCCAUCUCAAGAAAACCAGGCCUCUCAGACGCGUGUGGCCGCUCCAACAUCAUAUAACGGGGGUGCUAUGCAAACGGUUCAGUCACCUGUCGCUCAGGCACCUCCGCAGCAGGCUCCACGUCAAUCUUCGUUACCCAGCGUUCCCAAUUUUGCGUCCCCACCGCUCCAGCAAAGAACUCGGGAAGUGAGUGUUUCGGUGGAACCUGAAACGUCCAUGCAGCUUUCACAGGCCACCACAGAAUUGGCCAAUCUUUCCAAUCAGGUCGGUUCUUUAACGAAUCAAGCUACCCUGGUAAAUGAAAGAAAAUCAAAGGCGCAGCAAGAACUUAAACGGAUGAACGAUUUAAAAGCUUCUAUCCAAUCAAAGAUGGUGAACCUACGUGCUUCAUAUGAGCAGGAGUUAAAGGAAACGGAACAAACAGAGGCACAACUCGGCCAAUCUCGUUUAGAAGUAGAAGAUUUACAGAGAGAACUUGCAGUCGCGGAAGCCAACCAUCACGCUGUUCAAGGCUCUCUUUCCGAACUGCAGCGUCAACUACAAGAGUCACAGCAAGGGAAUGCUCAACUGAAAGAGAAAAUUGGUAGCCUGAACUCACUAGCCUCCUCUUUACAGGUUGAUUUGAAUGAGAAACAACAGAAGGUUAAACAAGAGCGAUCAAUGCUUGACGUCAACAGCAAGCAGAUGGAGUUGAGCGACGUGACUGUCCAAAAUUUGAAAUCAGAAAUUGAAGGACUUGAACAAAACAUUGCCGUUUUCCUUCAAAAGCAUAAGGAAUUGAAUGAUUACAGCUCGACACUAGAAACGCAACACGGUGAGUUAAACUCCAGGCAUCAGCAAUUGGAAACAAGACACACGGAUCUAAGCCGGCGUGAAAAAGAGCUACAAGAAAGAAAUCUGGAAAUAGAAAACCAAGAAGGGGUUUACCAUCAAGAGAUCGCCAAGCUUCAAAAUAUGUUCGAACAUCUUAACACGCAAAGAGAAUCUUUCGCUAAGGCUGAUGAAGACUUACAAAACCAACAAUUGCAGUACGCUCAAAAAGUGCAGGAACUAUCAGAACGGCAAGUGAAGCUGGCAAUGGGCGAAUUGCCCGAGAAUGCUAGAGAUUUGACUCAAGACCAAGGCGUAUAUUCGCACAGCCGCGACCACAUCGCAAGAUUCGUCGACGAAAGCGUGACCAACUCCAGACUUGGAGGUCAAGGUGACGAUGAGAACAAGCAAGAAUCUGAUGUUUUCGAUAAAGAUGUUCCCACUGUAGGAUCGCAAACUGAGGUUGAUGAAGAGGACGGGAGAAUUAAUGACGACAUAAGCACUGCUCAGGCUCUUGCGGAUAGAUUUGAUGGUGACUUGAACGAAUAUGGAAUUCCCAGAACCGAAUCACUCACGUCCUCUGUCCUCAAUAACCCUCCACAAUCUGUGUACGAUUAUCCCGAGAUCGACUCGAACCUUGCUACCUCAGGUGCAGCCCACAACCUUUCCGCCACGGUAGAUGACCAAGUAGAGAAGGCUGAGGACGUGGAAAAGACUAUGCCCGGCGGUUGGGCUGAUGCUCAAGGUGACGAAAAUUUGGAAUUGCAGAAAGCGGGAGGAUCAGAAGCGUUGGCCGAUCAACAUUCAGAGGUUGAGACUAUAAACAAGAACACCGAAAAAGGUAAUGACGCUUCUGCGAAGACUGCCGAAGCAACCAUAGAUGAUGAGUUCCCACCAAUCCAGGAAGUCGAUAUUGAGGAAAGUGACAGCUCAGAUGAGGAGAGCAAUUUCCAGGAUUCGAGGGAAGUGAGCAAGGAAGGGGGAGCUUUAGCAAGAGAUGACAAAAAAACAGAAACCGAUCUGCCUGGCCAAACGGCUGCGCUUACGAUUGCCCCUGCGGAUGUUUCAACUGUGCUAGGCGUCAAGAGCAAAGAUGUGGAAUUCGACGACGAAUUUGAUGACUUAGAGCAAGCUGCUCCCGAAGAGGGCGAAGCUCGCGCUGAUGAUUCAAAUGGAAAUGAGUUCCAUGAGGAGUUUGAACGGAUAGAGCACAAAGAUUUGGAAGAAGAAUUAAACCAAGGAGGGUUUACGGGUGCCCCUCUUCACGAGACUCAGGCUACAAGUACAGAUGCAGCAGCUGUAGGUGCGGAUGAGUGGGCUGAAAUUUUUGCUGGAUUUGGGAACUCCAAACAGGGUCCUGACGGGACUACUCACACCGAGAAGCGUGAUCCUAUCUUACAGCCUGCUCCUACCAACCCUUCCACGAGCGGCAACACACACGCUCCUAUAAAUCGCGGGAUCGCAACCACUCCAAAGUCCCUAGCUGUAGAGGAGCUUGCCAGUAUGGGGUUUUCAACAGAAGAGGCAACCAAGGCUCUUGAACAGAAUAAUUGGGACCUUGGUACGGCUACCAACUAUCUGCUGGACAGUUGCUAA